GAAAUGUAAACAGCAAUAUCAUCCGUAACAAACCAACAUCCACAAAAUUAACUUGGACCAGAACUGCUGUUUGUAAUUUUCUCAGAGAUAUAAAUUUAUUUCGCUAAUGGCAACUACUAGCGUCAUGAAGGGCGGUGCUGGCAAGAAAUGCUCCACCACCGCUAUGCUAGAAGAGCUCGUGCCUCCUUCGGGUUGGAGUCAGGACUCAGAUUCUCAUUAUCUUGUCCUUGAUCUGCCAGGUUUCAAGAAGGAAGAAGUGAGACUUCAAGUGAAUAACCGGGGAGAGAUCAUCACGAGCGGUGAAAGGCAAACAGUCGGAGACAGACUGAUUAUCCGUUUCUCGCAAACCUUUAAAAUACCAGAAAAUUCAAUUACUGAGAAGAUCACUGGGAAGUUUGAAGGUGAGGUAUUGUACGUAACAGUCCCAAAGCUAAAAAAGGACAAGGACAUUGCCAAAAUAAACAACACUGUGAAGCUACGAAAGAAGCCAAAAACUGAAGACAACAUCGCCCAACCAUGCAACGUCUCACAGCCAAAAAACGACAACGACGACAUCACACAAACAAGCAACAUCCCAAAGCCAAAAAAUGAAGACAACAUCACUAAAUCAAGCCACAUUGAAGGCAAUGUGAGCAACAAGAAUCAUUGUAAGAUUGCUGAAAAGGUGACUUUCGACGGUAAAGGUAUUAUAACAGAGGAUUGGAAUCUGACAGAGGAGAGCGGUAUGGUGUUACAAAGCGUGGUAAAAAAUCUGAAGGAGAACAAGGGGAUUCUUAUAACAGCCGUCUUGGCAUUCUCACUGGGAGUGCUGGUGUCUCGUAAAUUUUCGAAAUAAUUUGAAACAAGGCAUUGUCUCGGUCCUUUGUAUAGUUUGAUAUAAUGAAAUAUCAAAUUGUAACAACUUAUAACAAUCAAAAUCUUCAGCUCAUAAUGAAAUAUUAUUUACAUGUGUA